GAUCGGGCGCUAUGAAAAGUGUUUGCCCUGUCGCUGCCGGUUUCUCAUCCCCCAACCCCCCAGCUGCUGCUGCUGCUGCUGCUCCUCCUUCCCAGGAGGUCAGACCUGCCACUGAUGGUCAUAAUAGCACCAGUCCCACUCCGGCCGCCGCCGCCGCCGCCUGUUCCAAGAAGAGAAAGUUAAACAGCAGUAGCAGCAGCAGCAGCGGCGGCUGUGGCAGCGGCGGCGGCAGCAGCAGCAGCAGCAGCAGCAGCAGCAGCAACAGCAACGAAAAAGAAGACUUUGAUCCCAUCCCUUCUUCCUGCUCCUCCCCUCCCCCGCCCCCUCCCAAGAACUCCUCUACAUCCUCUUCUGCCGCCUCCUGCCCAGGGCUUGCAGUUGCCACCCCCAACCAUCACCACCUCCAGAAGAAACUGCGUUUUGAGGACUCCUUGGAUUUGAUCGGACUUGAUGUGAAGAUGGCCGAGGAAGCGGCAUCCUCCUCUUCACCUGGUCUCGCCGUAGCUCAGCAGCAGCAACUUAAAAACAAAAGCUUAUUAAUGUCCUCGGUGGCCGCGGGCCACCACGCGAACGGGCUGACCAAAGCCCCCACGGGCAUCUCCAGCUUCACCCACAGCAAGCCCAGUUCGGCCAAGAAACUGGUGAUCAAGAACUUUAAAGAAAAACCUAAAUUGCCAGAAAACUAUACGGAUCAAACGUGGCAGAAAUUGAAAGAAGCAGUAGAAGCCAUUCAGAACAGUACUUCCAUUAAAUACAAUUUAGAAGAACUCUAUCAGGCUGUGGAAAACCUCUGUUCCUACAAGAUUUCUGCAAACUUAUAUAAACAGCUGAGACAGAUCUGUGAAGACCAUAUCAAAUCCCAAAUUCACCAAUUCCGGGAGGAUUCAUUGGACAGUGUUCUCUUUCUAAAGAAGAUAGAUAAAUGCUGGCAAAAUCACUGCAGACAAAUGAUCAUGAUUAGGAGCAUUUUUUUGUUCCUGGAUCGAACGUAUGUCCUUCAGAAUUCAAUGCUGCCUUCCAUUUGGGACAUGGGACUAGAAUUAUUUAGGACCCAUAUAAUUAGUGAUCAGAAAGUCCAGAACAAGACUAUUGAAGGCAUUCUCCUUUUGAUUGAGAGGGAAAGGAAUGGUGAAGCAAUUGAUAGAAGUUUGCUUCGAAGCCUUCUGAGUAUGCUUUCAGACCUGCAGAUUUAUCAAGAUUCUUUUGAACAGAAAUUUUUGGAAGAAACCAACCGGCUGUAUGCGGCAGAGGGUCAGCGUUUAAUGCAAGAAAGAGAGGUUCCGGAAUACCUUCAUCAUGUCAACAAGCGUCUGGAAGAAGAAGCAGAUAGAUUGAUCACCUAUCUAGAUCUGAGUACCCAGAAGCCACUAAUUGCUACUGUAGAAAAGCAACUUCUAGGUGAACACUUAACAGCCAUUCUUCAGAAAGGUUUAAAUCACCUCCUUGAUGAAAAUCGGAUUCAAGAUUUAUCUCUACUCUAUCAGCUGUUUAGUAGAGUGCGCAGCGGAGUUCAGGUUCUCCUGCAGCACUGGAUUGAAUACAUCAAGGCAUUCGGCAGCACCAUUGUCAUCAAUCCAGAAAAAGACAAGACCAUGGUGCAGGAAUUGCUGGAUUUUAAAGAUAAAGUUGACCAUAUUAUUGAUAUCUGCUUUAUGAAAAAUGAAAAGUUUGUCAAUGCCAUGAAAGAAGCGUUUGAAACCUUCAUUAACAAAAGACCCAACAAGCCUGCUGAGCUCAUAGCAAAGUAUGUGGAUUCAAAGCUCCGUGCAGGUAACAAAGAAGCUACAGAUGAAGAGCUUGAGAAAAUGUUGGACAAGAUCAUGAUUAUAUUUCGGUUCAUUUACGGGAAAGAUGUCUUUGAAGCCUUUUAUAAGAAGGAUUUAGCCAAGAGACUGUUGGUCGGAAAGAGUGCUUCAGUAGAUGCUGAGAAAUCAAUGCUUUCCAAACUCAAGCACGAAUGUGGAGCUGCCUUCACCAGCAAACUGGAAGGAAUGUUCAAAGACAUGGAGCUGUCAAAAGACAUCAUGGUUCAGUUCAAACAGUAUAUGCAAAACCAAAAUUUUCCUGGGAGCAUUGAACUAACCGUGAAUAUCCUGACAAUGGGUUAUUGGCCAACCUAUGUGCCUAUGGAGGUUCACUUACCAGCUGAGAUGGUAAGACUUCAGGAGAUUUUCAAGACUUUUUACUUGGGUAAACACAGUGGGAGGAAGCUUCAGUGGCAAUCAACUCUAGGACAUUGUGUGCUCAAAGCAGAAUUUAAAGAGGGGAAAAAGGAACUCCAGGUGUCUCUUUUCCAAACUCUGGUGCUGCUAAUGUUUAACGAAGGUGAAGAAUUCAGCUUAGAAGACAUCAAGCAAGCUACUGGAAUAGAGGAUGGAGAAUUAAGGAGAACACUCCAGUCAUUAGCCUGUGGCAAGGCUAGAGUUCUGGCUAAAAAUCCCAAGGGCAAAGAUGUGGAAGAUGGUGAUAAAUUCACUUGCAAUGAUGACUUCAGACACAAGCUCUUCAGGAUAAAAAUCAAUCAAAUCCAGAUGAAAGAAACGGUAGAGGAACAGGCAAGCACUACAGAAAGAGUCUUUCAGGAUCGACAAUAUCAAAUUGAUGCUGCAAUCGUGAGAAUCAUGAAAAUGAGAAAGGCCCUGGGUCAUAAUCUGCUGGUUUCUGAAGUGUAUAACCAGCUGAAGUUCCCAGUUAAGCCUGCUGAUCUUAAGAAGAGAAUAGAAUCCUUAAUUGACAGGGACUACAUGGAAAGAGACAAAGAGAACCCAAACCAGUACAACUAUAUUGCCUAAAAUGGUCGCCUUUGAGCACUUGCUAUAUCAUACACAGUUGCCAGUGGAUAAACUAGCCUGUUGUUCCAAAUAAUUGACUUCUUUUCUACUACCGAUGACUGAACGAAUGAAAGCCAUUUCAUGGAAAAGUAGAGUAAAAUGGACUUGUUGAGUGGUUGAUAGGCCCAUUUAAAGAGCACGGUUUACAUUUAAGAAGAAUGCUGUUGAACUCUUUGCAUGUUUAGUUUGAUGGCAACAAAUUCUUAAAGAUUUGAUCUUUCAUGCUUCACUUGAUUUGGGGUCUGUGAAGGGUCCCUGUGGU